GCUACAAUGUGUAUGAUUAGGCACAACGUUAGGUUCUGUUUCCUGAGAUGGUUUUGUCUGUUUUGAGCUCUCGUUUAUGUUAUUAAAUAGAAGUGGGACGUUAUUUGUACGCUGAAAAUCAUGCCUCAAAGGAGUAUAGUUGAAUAUUUUUCUGGUGGGCAUAAAGGAUAUCGUUGUGGCUAUUGCCAUUCGACGGACAGCUGUUAUUCUCAUGGCAUGUGGGCUCAUGUUUUAACACCUCUUGAUUAUCAAAAUCUUAUAGACAGAGGAUGGAGAAGAAGUGGCAAGUAUUGUUAUAAGCCUACAAUGAAUUUAACUUGUUGUCCAUUGUAUACAAUCAGGUGUGAAGCAAAAAAACUAGUGUUGACAAGAUCUCAGAAAAAGGUUUUAAAAAAAGUCCAUAGGUUUUUAGCAUAUGGAGAAAAGAGCAAAGGAAAUGAAGGAGCUUCUGGUGAUAAAAGCGACCAAGAUAUGGAGGUAUCUUUUGACUGUCCUCAAGACAUAGAUAUGCAAAGUUUAAAAAGGAUAAAGAAAAUCAAAACUAUAAAUAAUUCAGAUAUUAAAACAGAUAAAAUAGAAACCAGCACUGACAGUCACAAUGUCAGCACUUCACUAAGUGACAAAUGUGAUUCAUCUGAUCAAGCAACAAAAUCUAGUCAUACAGUUCCAUCAUCAAGUGAUACUUCUUCUUCUCCUCUCAAAUCUAGUAAUUCAAAUAGUAAACCUCCAUGUCGUAAAGCAAAAGAAAUACGAAAAGAAAGAAAAUUGCAAAAGUUACUAAAGAAAGGGUUGUCUGAAGAAGAAGCUUCGUCAUCAAUUAAGCCAAAGACAAAUGAACCCAAAAGCAUUGAAGAUUUCCUUAAUGAACCUUUACCUCUAAAACCUGCUCAUAAAUUAGAGUUACGACUUAUACGUUCUCAUCCAAAAUCAAAAGAAUUUCUCUCUACUUAUGAUGAAUCACAUAAACUUUAUGUAAAAUAUCAGAUGGCCAUACAUCACGAUGCAGAGGAGGAUUGUGAUAAAGAAAGUUAUGACAUGUUUCUGGUUGAGAGUCUUUUUGAGAAGCCAGAAGCUAGUUCAUCCUCACCAGAACCAUCUUAUGGCUCAUAUCAUCAACAAUACUGGCUUGAUGGUAAAUUAAUCGCAGUUGGUGUCUUAGAUAUUUUGCCUUAUUGUUUGUCAUCUGUUUACUUUUACUAUGACCCUGAUUACAGUUUCCUUUCUCUUGGGACAUAUGCUGCUUUGAGAGAAAUUGCCUUCACACGUGAGCUUAAUAAAAUAUAUCCUGAUCUGCAAUAUUAUUACAUGGGUUACUAUAUACACUCUUGCAUCAAAAUGAGAUACAAAGGACAAUAUGUACCAUCAUUUUUACUUUGUCCAGAAACUUACAUUUUUCAACCUAUAGAGAAGUGCAAACCUUUAUUGGAUGUUUCCAAGUAUCAUCGGCUGGAAGAAGAUCCAACAAAAGAAGAUGUAAAUGGUGUGGUGAAUCUGAAUGAAGUCCUUGUUCUGUAUGACAAGACAUCGAUGACUUAUCCUAUCUAUAAAAAUAUAAACAAGAAUGCUAACGAUGAAGGUGAAAUUCUAGAGUAUGCCAAAUUUGUUGGAAGGAAAUGCUACCAAAAAAUGUUAUUGUACCGAGAUUCAUAAUUUUUGUACAAAUUUUUUUUAUUUUAUUUCAAUGCAAAUGUUUUUUUAUGAUUGUUAUUUGAUAAAAUGUAUAGAUAUCAUAUUUAAUACAAUAUUAUCUCUUUGUUACACAUGAAAAAAAAGGAAAAAAUAUUAAAGUAGUUUUGAACUUUUAAUUUGUGUAAAGUAAAAUUUUUCUUCCUACAGUGUUGCACAAUUGAAGGAAACACAUAUGUGUUUCUUGAUUAUGAUACUCAGUUUGCAAAAAUGUUUAUCUUGAAAGAGCAUUAAGUUAAAAAAAAAAAAACUUGUAUUUUUUUGAGAUUUUUUUUUUUUUUUGUCUUCAAUUUUCUUUUAAACCUUAAGAUAUUCAUUACAAAAAAUAUUAAAUGUUUUUUAUUGUUGUUAUUGUUAUAUAUGUUAUUCUGUGUAUAAGUAUUUAUGGGAUUUUGAACUACAUUUAACUUAUUAAUUUAAUGAAACAUUUUGGGAAUUAUAGCUGAAAAAUCUGCUUCCAUAUUUUACCAAAAAGAAUAUUUAAAUUAAAAGAUUUAUCAAAUAUUAUUAUUGAGUAAUAUGAGAACAUCCAAAAUAAAUUAUUAGAAACUUCACUCCACCAAAUAAUUGAUUGUUAUGCAUAAUUCUUUGUCUUUUUGUUGAGCACUAAUGCUGCGACUGCACAUUUAAGUAGUUAAUUUUAUUGCAAAGUUUUUACCAGUUACCAUUAAUGUUUUGCAGUUUCACUAAUUCAACUAGGGAAAAUAAAAAAAUAAAAUACUUCUGGCUUUUUUUUUCUUAAAUUGUACUCCGAUUUAUUAAUUUUGCUGAAUAUUUUAAAAUUCAAUAGUUUGAUUGAAGAAAAGGAUAAUAAAACAGAAAGAAACAAUGAGCCAUUUAUACUCAUGCUCAAAAAUUUGCUCCUUUUGAAAAUUUGGUGUAUUUUAUGAAUACAUAAUAUAAUUAAAGAAAAUUAUUUAUUUAAACACUGUGUAAUAUAAAUUUUAAUUUUGGAAAAAAUAUGUUGAAAAACAAUUUGCCUGUUGCAAUAUGAGAAAACAUGACAUUCCUGCCUAUUUCUGUAUUAAUUAGUCAGUUUGUUCACUAAGAAUUCAUAUUCACUCAUGUUAUGACUUUAUAACUUUUACAUUGUUUAAUUUUAUUUGUACCUAAGUAUUCAAUUGCCUGAAUUUGGAAAACUAUUUUCUGAUCAAUAGAUUCUUAACCUUCUAUUUUUUGUAAUUUGAUUAAUGAAGUAAGACCAUAUUUGAUAUGUGUGGUUUAAAAAUUGUCAUUUUUAAAACUUGGUUUCAUUACUGAAUUUGUUCCGUAUGUGUACUCAUUAAAGAUAUUGAAGCUCAUUUUAUUAUAUAAUCAAAUUAUGUUCAUCUACUAAUUCAUUUUAAAUUUUGAAAACUGAAGUACAUUUGACAAUGAACAAGUUCAAUCAAUAAGCAUUUAAACUUAAAUUAUCUCUU